GGUGCUGAGGCCGCGUGAGAGGAAAAGAUGCUGGAACCACAGGAGAAUGGCUUGACUGACCUACCAGAUUAUGAGCAUGUAGAAGAUGAAACUUUUCCUCCUUUCCCACCUCCAGCUUCUCCAGAGAGAGAUGAUGAAGGAGCUGAACCUGAUGACGAGUCAGGAAGAGGAGCACCUGUUCCUGUGCCUCCAAGGAGAACAGUUAAAAGGAAUAUACCCAAGCUUGAUGCUCAGAGAUUGAUUUCAGAGAGAGGGCUUCCAGCAUUAAGACAUGUGUUUGAUAAGACAAAAUUUAAAGGUAAAGGUCAUGAGGCUGAAGACUUGAAGACGCUAAUCAGACACAUAGAGCACUGGGCACAUAGGCUAUUCCCUAAACUGCAAUUUGAGGAUUUUAUUGACAGAGUUGAAUACCUGGGAAAUAAAAAGGAAGUUCAGACCUGUUUAAAACGAAUUCGACUUGAUCUCCCUAUUUUACAUGAAGAUUUUAUUAGCAAUAAUGAUGAAGUAGGGGAAAAUAAUGACCAUGAUGUAACUGCUAUUGAAUUAGAUCCAUUUUUGACAAACUCAUCUGAAAAUGUGAUGUUUGCUUCUGAAUCAAGUAGAAGCCUAACUGAAGAGCAACAACAAAGAAUUCAGAGAAAUAAACAGCUGGCCUUGGAAAGAAGACAGGCAAAGCUACUGAGUAAUAGUCAGUCCUUAGAAAAUGACUUGUUAAUAAACACGUCCAGGACACAGACAGUUGAAGAUGUUAAUACGGGUGAGGAUCAAAACAAGGAGAAGUCAGAUGAACUUAACGAAGACAUUCUAGAUAAUCCACAUAAUGAUGCUGUUGCCAAUACUGUAAAUGAAGAGGAAUUAAAAAUAGAGAAACAACUGGACCAAUCCUUUCAAAUGUAUAGCAUUAACUUUAUGCUUCAUUCCAAAAAGUUACUGAAGUUGAAUAGGUCUCAACUAAGAGGAAAUUAAUUUGGUAUCCUCAAAGUUUGAGAUUACUAUAUAUUUUGUCUACUUUGAGUGAAAUCCUUAUGUAGUAAAACCUUUACAGAUUCCUGUUUAAAAUCUGGUAUUAUUUAUAAUUAUACUUGCUUCUUAUUAACUUUAGUUAAGUCUAUUUAUUUUCUUUAGUGUUGUACAGUGGGUCCUCGGGUUGUGUCGGAGAUCUGUUCUUACAGCGUGACGUAAUGUGAUU